UGUGCCAGAGUGUGGACAUUCGAAACACGGUGGAAAACUUCGACAAACUGAAUGACUGCGCCGUGGUGGAAGGGUUCGUCCACAUCGCGCUCAUCGACAAUGCGGGCGUCGAGAACUUCACCAACAUCACGUUCCCCAAGCUGAGGGAGAUCCACGGCUACCUCAUCCUGUACCGCGUUAAGGGGCUGCGCUCCCUGUCCACCAUGUUCCCCAACCUGGUGGUGAUCCGCGGCUACGUCCUGAUGCGCAACUACGCCCUCGUCAUCUACGAGAUGAACGAUCUCAACGAUAUUGGUCUGAUAUCCCUCAUGAGCAUUAAGAGAGGGUCUAUUCGUAUUGAAAAGAACCCAGUUCUCUGUUAUGUCGACACUGUGGACUGGUCAUACAUAUCUCAUGAUGGCGAAGGACAUUUUAUCAAAGGAAACAAGAAUGGGCGAGAAUGUCCACGCAAAUGUCCUGACCGAUGUCCCAAGGCAUCAAUUUCUUCCGCCAAAGCAACUGGACUGAGACCGACAACCCCCCAUUUAUGUUGGACUGACUCUCAUUGCCAAAAGAUGUGUGCUCCUGAAUGUGGAAAGGCUGGGUGCUUACCCUCUGGUGAAUGCUGCUCCAAGCAAUGCUUGGGUGGCUGUACGGGAACCAGUUCGACUGAUUGUAUUUCAUGCAAAGAAGUGAAAAACAUGAACUUUUGUGCCGAAAAAUGUCCCUCGCCCCUGACCAAGUUUCUUGACAGGCGAUGCGUAACAGAUCAGGAGUGUAGAAGCAUGGUGGCACCAAAGGAUUUCCAAGGAUCUGGAGACGUGAAAUUUCCCUGGCGACCAUUUAAUGACUCUUGUAUUCUUGACUGUCCGCCUGGAUAUUCUGAAAAGAAAAUUCCUGGAGGUGGGCCUGGCAAUAGGGAUACUUUCACAUGUGAAAAGUGUAAAGGUAUCUGUGAAAAAGAAUGUGAAGCAAGCCAUGUCGAUAAUAUUGCGGCAACUCAACUUCUAAAAGGAUGCACUGUCAUAAAGAAUUCGUUGGAAAUUCAGAUUCGUGGAGGCAAAAAUCUUGUCAAAGAGGUAGAAGAAAAUUUGCAAUCCAUCAGAGAAAUAAAUGGCUAUUUGAAAAUAGUUCGUUCGUCGCCUCUUGUGUCACUCAACUUUUUGAGGAAUUUGCAAGUAAUACACGGCAAUGUCUUAGAUGGCCAGUACUCACUAUCUGUCCUUGAUAAUCAAAACCUUCAGAAGUUGUGGGAUUGGUCACCUAACUCCACAUUCGCAAUAAAGAAAGGCCAAGUCUUUUUUCAUCUAAAUCCACUCCUGUGUCCUCAAGAAAUUGAAGCAUUGAGAAAUAAAACGGGCCGGCUAGAGUUGGUUAAAGGUUCAAAUGGUGAUAAAGUGGCAUGCGAUAUGGAUGUUUUAAAUGUAACUGUCUCCAAGGUGACACCUUUUGCAAGUCUGAUUGUUUGGCCCCCCUUCAGCACACCAGAUCCCAGAACAUUAUUGGGGUACAUGGUUCACAGAAUCGAAGCUCCCUAUCGAAAUGUUACUCUGUAUGACGGUCGAGAUGCUUGUGGUGGUGAUGGCUGGGCUGUGGACGACAUAACAGUGCAGCAGGGGAACGCCCAAGAAUCCAAGACUGUGACCCACUUGUUCACCAAGUUGGAACCUUACACUCAAUAUGCAGUUUAUGUUCGAACAUACACUCUUCCAGGAGGUUCUCGAACUGUAAGAGGGGCACAGAGCGACAUUCUGUACUUCCGAACUCUUCCCUCCAUUCCAUCGACACCCAAAGACCUGACUGCAGUUGCAAACUCUAGUUCUGAAAUAAUAAUUCGUUGGAGACCCUCUUUUCCUCCAAACGGCAAUGUAACAAAGUAUAUUGUGCAAGCUGUGAUGGAGAAUGACAAGCCUGACAGGCUGGAUUAUUGUGACGACCCUCUGGCAGCUAAAACUGAGACUGUUGAGAUAAUAGACCAAAUUCCCAAAACAACUCAAGCUCCCCCAGGGAGAGACGCUGGUCCUGAUGGUGAGCAGUGCUCCUGCUCUUCCUCCAAAGAGGAUAUUGAUGCGAGGAAAAGAGAGAAAGAAACAGAAAGUGAAAAUGAAUUGAACUUUGAGGACCAACUCCACAACAUGAUCUACAUCAGAAGGCCUCCAAGAGAUUCUGGUGGUUCUAAUGAUAAAAGAAAGAAACGGACUGUGGCCCGUCACAUAUCUGAUGAUGCAUAUUUUCGGUACAAGAGAUCAGUUGGCCAAGAAUCACCACGUUUUCCUGAUAAUCCAGAUCCACCUCCAAUUUCAAAUAAUAAUGCUGAUUUUAAAGAGAACUGUACCACAGGUGUUUGCUAUACUGUGCUCCGGGAAGUUCAAGGGGAUACGCUAUUUGUUAUGAAAAACCUGCACCACUUUUCACGAUAUUCUAUUAAAGUGAUUGCUUGCCGAGAGCUGGAUGCAUCUGAGCUUAGAAGGCCGGAACUUGCUCAAAACUGCAGCCCAGCAGCCAUUAUCCAACAGCGCACUUUACACAAAGCGUCCGCGGACACAAUUGCAAAGACAUGGCUAGAAGAAACCAACAGUACAAGAAUUUAUAAAUGGGUACCUCCCGCUGAUCCAAAUGGCAUCAUUGUGAAAUAUGAUAUUCAGAUAUAUACUGAAAAUGUGGUAAAUAGUGGUAAUCGUCCACACUGUUUAGGAAGAGGAAACACUUCUUUUGUUAUUCCACAUCUGCCAUCUGGCAACUACAGCAUUAAUGUUCGUGCUACUUCUCUCUAUGGCCCUGGAAAUUUCACUGAAAAGCGCUAUUUUAUAGUUGAUGAACCCACUAAUAGUGCCACCCAGUGGCUGUAUAUUCUGAUAUCAAUUAUUGCUAUUGUGGUGAUCGGAUUCCCAAUCUUCCUCUAUGCAAGGAAGCUGUGGUGUCCUCCCCCAGUGCCACCAAUAAAACUUAUCUCCAAUGUAAAUCCAGAUUAUGCUCCAGCCACUUAUAUACCAGACGAAUGGGAAGUCCCUCGUUCAAACAUUCAGAUACUAAAAGAACUUGGACAGGGCUCCUUUGGAAUGGUGUAUGAGGGAAUCAUUCGCAACUGUCCUAGAUCUGGUAUUUCAGAGCAACAGUGCGCCAUCAAAACUGUGAACGAACAUUCCAAUGACCGUGACAGAAUUGAAUUUCUAAAUGAGGCAUCUGUCAUGAAGGGUUUUGAUACUCAUCAUGUAGUUCGCUUGUUGGGAGUUGUCUCACAAGGACAGCCUACCUUAGUAGUUAUGGAACUCAUGGCUAAGGGAGAUCUGAAAAGUUACCUGAGAAAACAUCGUCCUGAUGAAUCAGAUGACCCUGAAGUUCAACCUCCAACUUUUAAGCAAACAUUACGAAUGGCCAUGGAAAUAGCUGACGGUAUGGCUUACUUGUCAGCAAAAAUUUGUUCAUCGGGAUUUGGCUGCUCGUAACUGUAUGGUAGCAGAUGACAUGACCGUUAAAAUUGGGGACUUUGGUAUGACCCGUGAUAUCUAUGAAACAGAAUACUAUAGAAAAGGAAGUAAAGGGCUGAUGCCUGUGAGAUGGAUGGCACCAGAAAGUCUUAAAGACGGUGUCUUCAC